CGGCAGAGCCGUGCUGAGCGCAGCGCAGUGGAGCGGCUGGUGAGCUGUGGGGCGCAUGGCGGGCGCAGGCGACGAGCGGACGCCGCUGCUGGGCGCGCGGCGGGCGGCGUUCGAGGGCCGGCGCGCGGCGUGCGCGGCCGUGCUGCUGACGGAGCUGCUGGAGCGCGCCGCCUUCUACGGCGUCACGGCCAACCUGGUGCUGUUCCUCAACGGCACGGCGUUCGGCUGGGAGGGCGCGCAGGCCAGCCAGGCGCUGCUGCUCUUCAUGGGCCUCACCUACCUGGUGUCGCCGUUCGGGGGCUGGCUCGCCGACGCGCGACUCGGCCGGGCGCGCGCCAUCCUGCUCAGCCUGGCGCUCUACUUACUCGGCAUGCUGGCCUUCCCGCUGUUGGCCGCGCCUGCCACUCGCACGGCGCUCUGCGGGGCCCCCCGCCCCACGCGCGUCCGCAACUGUUCGGCGCAGCCGUGUGCCGACGCGCCUGCCCGCUACUGCGCGCCCGCCGCGCUGUCAGCGCUCGCGCUCGUGGGCCUGGGCGUGGGCGCCGUCAAGGCCAACAUCACGCCCUUCGGCGCCGACCAGGUUAAAGAUCGCGGUCCAGAAGCCACGAGAAGAUUUUUUAAUUGGUUUUAUUGGAGCAUUAAUCUGGGAGCAAUCGUUUCUCUGGGGGGCAUUGCCUACAUUCAGCAGAACGUGAGCUUUGUCACCGGCUACACCAUCCCCGCUGUCUGCAUCGGAGUGGCUUUCGUGGCCUUCCUCUGCGGCCAGACCUUCUUCAUCACCAAGCCGCCCGAUGGCAGCGCCUUCACUGACGUGUUCAGGAUCCUGGUGUAUUCGUGCUGCCCCCAGAAGCAAAUCAGGGAACGCAGUCCUAGUGGUGAAGGCAUUGGAGUCUUUCAGCAAUCUUCUAAACACAGUGUGUUUGAUUCAUGUAAGAUGUCUCAUGGAGGGCCAUUCCCGGAAGAUAAAGUGGAAGAUGUGAAAGCCCUUGUCAAGAUUGUCCCCGUUUUCUUGGCUUUGAUACCUUACUGGACAGUGUAUUUUCAAAUGCAGACGACGUAUGUUUUACAAAGUCUUCAUUUGAAGAUUCCAGAAAUUUCCAGUAUUACAACCAAUCCUCAUACGUUUCCGGCAGCCUGGCUAACCAUGUUCGAUGCUGUGCUCAUCCUCCUGUUAAUUCCCUUGAAAGAUAAACUGGUGGAUCCCAUCUUGAGAAGAAACGGGCUGCUCCCAUCGUCCUUGAAAAGGAUCGCGGUGGGCAUGUUCUUUGUGAUGUGCUCGGCCUUCGCAGCAGGGAUUUUGGAAAGCAAACGGCUGGACCUCGUGAAGGAGAAGACCAUUAACCAGACCAUUGGAAAUGUCGUUUACUAUGCUGCGGAUUUGCCAAUCUGGUGGCAGGUCCCUCAGUACGUGCUGAUUGGCGUCAGUGAAAUAUUUGCGAGCAUCGCAGGCCUGGAAUUCGCGUACUCGGCCGCCCCCAAGUCCAUGCAGAGUGCCAUCAUGGGCUUGUUUUUCUUCUUCUCUGGCGUCGGGUCCUUCGUGGGCUCAGGACUGUUGGCACUGGUGUCCCUCAAGGCCAUCGGGUGGAUGAGCAGCCACACGGACUUCGGACUUCAGCCCUUCAUCCAAGUUCAAGGCCCUCAGCAGUCAAUACUCUACAGAAGACUUCAUCCAUUUUAUUAGUAGAUAUAGCCUUGCCUGGAUUGCUUUAUCUUACUCUCUAAGCAAAAUCUCCUCAAACUGAACCUCUUAUCCAGCUCACAAGUUGUCAUCAGAACUAAAUGAGGUCUUUUAAUUAAAAUGACACGACACAGAGGCUCGGCCCAGGAAACAUUUGCCCACCCUAAUCCAGUAAGGCCUCAUCUGAACUUGAGUGCAUCUGCAAAGACCCUGUUUCCAAAUAAGGUCACAUUCUCAGGUCCUAGCGGGGAGGACUUGGGCUCAUCUUUCUGGAGGCCACAAUCCAGCCCACGACACUGGGUACUAUUUAAUAUAUGUUUUUUCCUUGAUCACUUUUUUUGGCAAGGGCAGAGAGCAACGGAGGCAUGGGGGUUUAAAUGCGCCUUCUUUGACUGCUGUAGAGAAACGCUGGACUGGAGGGCAAACUCCCAGGGGACAGAAGAGGGGAGGGGAGUGUGGUCAUCACAGGAUUUAUUGUAAGAGGAAAUGAUAUCAUUGCCUGGAACGGCAAACCACGGCCAUGCACCAACAAUGAAAAGGAACCAUCACAUUCCAGGAACGCAGCUACACACAGUUGCCUGUCAAUAAAACAGGGCAAUGGGCCGGAGCUGGGGCGGCGUCGACAGUGCCGGUCCCCGCCGAGGCUGCUUGCGGGGCCCAGGGAGGAUUGAGGACGCAGCGCCUUUCUCAGCGUCUGGGUCAAUGUCGUCUCACGCCGUCAGUCUGCAAGCUCAGCCGUGGCCCCACACCUCCGAUUCAUGCUUCCUUCAAACUCCAGUUUCCAACCAUCGGGACUGUGGCAGUGGCGAGCCGGGGGCUCUCGGUGAGGCUCCUCUGCACGCUUCAUUCCAGGGCUUGUGAGAACGGUGUCUGCCGGGCGGCCUCGUGGCAGCCAAGCCAUGCCAGGCCCUGCUCAGACAUCUCCCCGGAGACGGUCCAGCUGCUGCGCGAACUGGCGGCCUCGCUCCCCCUGGGGGGCGGGGGGUGUUUGGUCCUCAGCUCCCAACAGCAGGCCUGGCAGUGUCAGCUGUGGGAGCCUGUGAAAUAAAGGCCCCCUUUGUCUCCAGAUUCUGCAUCGAGAGGAGGACGUGCCAGUGGCAGAGCUUAGCGACUCUCUCUUCACACACACACACACGACACACACGUGUAUACUCAUGCAUGCACACACAUGUACACGUUCAUGAACGAAUACACACAUGUAUGCAGCCAUACAUACACGCACACAAAUACACAAGCUCACACACAUGCACCCAACUCAUGUAUGCGUGCACACGUGCACCGUCACACACGCGACACACAUGCGAGCGCGUAUGCACACGCAUGUAUAUACUCGUGCAUGCAUGCACACACGUGCACACGUAGACAAUCACACACACCCGGGUCAGCUUUAGCCUCUGGCUCCCUCCCACCAGCUUCUCCAGGAGCCAUGCUUGGAGCCGGGGCAGGAGAGCAGAUGAAAAUCACUCCUUCUGAAUCUGGUGGGAGGGGCUUGGAGAGGAGCCCGUAAAGGAAGGGAAGGCGUGAAGACAGGGUGGGGCUGCGCGCUGGUUCCAUGUCUCAGGCGAUGUUACCCAGUUCUCCAAUGACUCACGCCCCUUGGGUUCCGAAACUUUGCGUGCACGUUUCCUUUUACAUGGAAGGCCCCUCCCCUUUUAAUUAUACAAACUAUACAAAAUUCUAUACUUAAGAAAUAACAUACAAAACAUAGCUAGCCUAGAAAGAAGAACCAAAUAAGCCCCCAUGUACCCACCGUCCAGUGAAGUAAAUAGCAUUUUACCAAAGCCCUCAGAGCGGCUGUGUGCCCACACCCCCUCCCUGGUCCUCUCCCACUGUAAAUUCUGUAUUUAUCGCUCUCUCUGGUCUGCAUCACUUUACGGUGUGUGUAUGUGUCCCUAGACGUUGCUUUUUACUUUCGAAUGCAUUUAAGUUUUGCAUAAACGGACUCACCGAAUGUAUCCUUCGACGACAUGCUUCAGUAGUUCACAUAUGAGAUCCAGCUUUGUUGAUGCAGCUGUUCAUUCAUUUUCACUCUACUUAGUAUUCUUCCCCCCCCCUUUUUUUUAAAUUGAAGUAUAGUUGAUUUACAGUGUGUGUUUCUAACGUACAGCAAAGUGAUUCAGUUAUACAUAUAUGUACAUAUUCUUUUUCAGCUUCUUUUCAUGAUAGGUUAUUGCAAGGUAUUGAAUAUAGUUCCCUGUGCUCUACAGUAUACUUAGUAUUCGUGUAUAUGAAUUUGCCAGGAUUUCUUUAUCCAGACUCCGGCUAGUGGCAUUUGGGUUGUCCCAGUGUUUUACAAUAGUGGAUGGAGCUGCCUACAAACAGGCUGGGACAGAACCCCUACCCAUGUGUCUCUCUGGUGGCGGAAUUGGCGGGGGCGGGGUGUCCUCCCUUUUCUAUUUGGUGAGCACCCGAUCGACCUCUAAGACUCCGUCCACAGUUGUCCCUUCUGAGAAGCCUUUGGAUUCUGUCUCUCCCUCUGUCCCCCGUGCCCCACAGCUGGCCAGCAGCAUGGAGCUCAAGGGACCAGUUUGUCACGGCCCCGGGCAUCGCCCUCCUGUCUUAUCCUGCAGACCAGUCACUUCUCUCCUGGGGGACUUGAACCUCCCAAAUUUCCUCUUGAGGAGCACGAUAGCACAAAGGCUGAAAGUUUGGAGCUGGACCACUGAAGUUCGGGUCCCACGCUGCCACUUGCUAAACCGCAUUUGGGCAAGUCGCCUGAGAUGACAGAGCGCCCACCUCCUGGGGUCACUGGGACUGAGGGCACCAGAGCAGCGUCGGGCACACGGCAGGUGCUGUGUGUGCGCUCUCAUUCCUCUCACAGCCCACAUGAUCUCCAUCAUCGAAUCCCAUCGUGUGCAAAACACGCCCCAGCUCCAGCCAUCCCCGCUCCCCCAGUCGCUGUCCUGGCCCAGCCCCCCCACCCCCGGGCUCCUA